CAGCCGCCAUUUCCCCAUUUGAGUUCUCAUCAUCAUUUGACCUUUCCACUUGCAGUCCAUUCCCAUUCCAAUCUUUUGCCAUCCAAUCAACUGCUGUAAUUCCGAGUGGUAUAUACCCUUUUUUUUUGCUCUGAAACAAUAAAAUGUAUGCGGUGGCUCCGCCUGUGAGUUCCGAUUCGACCGGCGGCGCUGCGGUCCAUGUGAUCCGGACCUACCAGGCUUGGAAAGGCAAAAACAUAUUUUGCCUUAAAGGGAGGCUCAUCUUUGGACCAGAUGGUAGAUCAAUAUUUCUGACUAUAUUCCUCAUAGCUGCACCUGUUGCAGUAUUUUGUGUCUUUGUAGCUAGAAAAUUAAUGGAUGACUUUGCUGGCCACUGGGGAGUGUUAAUUUUGGUCGCAGCUGUUCUCUUCACACUCUAUGACUUGGUCCUCCUCCUGCUGACUUCAUCAAGAGAUCCUGGCAUUGUUCCUCGCAAUCUUAACCCCCCCGAGCCAGAAAACUUUGAAGGGAAUGCACAAGCUGGACCUGGACAGACCCCACAAUUACGUUUGCCACGUGUGAAGGAUGUUGAUGUUAAUGGAAUAACUGUGAAAGUCAAAUACUGUGACACCUGCAUGCUUUAUAGACCCCCACGUUGCUCACAUUGUUCAGUUUGCAAUAACUGUGUGGAACGGUUUGAUCAUCAUUGCCCUUGGGUCGGACAAUGCAUUGGAUUGAGGAAUUAUCGUUUCUUCUUUAUGUUCAUUUUCUCGACAACUCUCAUUUGCUUGUAUGUGCAUGCAUUUUGCUGGGUCUAUAUUAGAAGGAUUAUGAAUAGUGAAGAAACUUCCAUCUGGAAAGCAAUGUGCAAGACUCCAGCCUCAAUUGUGCUCAUCAUUUAUACUUUCAUAACAGCUUGGUUUGUUGGUGGCCUUUCAGUAUUCCAUUCUUACCUCAUCAGCACAAACCAGUCAACCUAUGAGAACUUUAGGAACCGGUACGAUCAACGGAUCAACCCAUUCAACAAAGGGACGAUCCAAAACAUCAUGGAGGUGUUCUGCACAAGCGUUCCUCCUUCAAAGAACAAUUUCAGGGCAAUGAUUCAAAAAGAGGCCGAGAUGCAACCUCGGGUAGUAGUAGGAGGUGGGGGCAGUUACAGUCCAAAUUUGGGGAAAACGGCAAGCGAAUUAGAAAUGGGAAGGAAGCCGGUUUAUGAUGAUGAUGAUGGUGGCGAUCCCUUGAACAGCGGCGACUUGGAAGGGAUACAUAGUAGAAACGACGAUUCUUUGGAUAAAAUCAACAAGCAUUCAUCAAGCAUCUUAAACUCAACGAACUCUAGUUGGGGACGGAGAAGCCGGAGCUUGGAUCUACCGCCAGACAUUGCUGCCCUGGCAUCUGAGCUUGGGAGCUCUAAUCACAAAAAUGGUGGAGCUGCUAUGCCAUCUGGGAGACUGCUAACAACAUAAAGCUUCUGGGAGAGAACAUAAAGAAAAAAAUGAAGAACGGAAAGACAAUGCAUUGAGAUUCAGUGAGGCUGGGAGGUAAUCUUCAAAUCAAAUGCCAAGUGGUGUGUAUAUCUAUUUCAUUUAUUAAUUUUUUUCCCAUUAUCUUCCUCUUUUUCUUUCUUUGAUGAAAUGUAGUACAUAUCAUUUAUCUUCAAAGUGUGAUUAGCCCGGGAAAACCAAAAAAGGAUAGUUAUUCUUAUUUUACUCGUAUAUAUAUACUAUUAAAGGGUGUAUUUGUUUGGAUUAAAGGAUCAAAGGACAU